GUAUUGUACCUACAACUGGAGAACACCGACAGACUGAUUAAAAAGAAAAGAAAAGAAAAAUACAGUCAGCAUGUCUUUGGUAGUAGAGCAUUUGCAUGCUGAAAGUGUGCAGAAGUCUUCGCUUCUCUUGCUUUGUUGACAUGGCCCUGAUGUGGCAGCUGGGGGCAGCCCCGAGCACGAGCCGCGGGGCAGGCUGGUGGGCAGAACCAGGCGUGUCUUGGGUAGCCGCUGUUUAAAUUGGGGAACCAAAAAAGGGAGGCUGCCUUUAGGGGGAGCCUCUAAAACAGGAAAGUCGUGGUCCGAGUUCUACGGACUUACCUUAGAAAGAAACCUAUCCCCAGACUGGCGCUGAGCCCAACAAGCAUGGACAACGUUAACACCAACAGCAAUGCGCCCACUUUUGACAAGCCCAAGGUUGAACUUCACGUCCAUUUGGAUGGGGCCAUUAGACCAGAAACAGUCAUGUAUUUUGCAAAGAAGCGAGGGAUUUGUAUUGGUGCUGAGAAUGCUGAACACCUUUUGCAACAGGUUGUUAUGAAAAAACCAGGCACUUUGACAGACUUCCUCAAUAAGUUUCAUAUCUACAUGCCAACACUUGCAGGUGACAAAGAAGCUGUGAAGAGGAUAGCAUAUGAGCUUGUAGAAGCAAAAUCUAAAGAAGGAGUUGUUUACUUUGAAGCACGUUAUAGCCCUCACCUUUUGGCAAAUACAGCAGUGCAUCCUAUUCCGUGGCAACAAACCAAAGGUGACCUCACUCCUGAAGAUGUAGUUAAUCUCGUUAAUCAGGGAUUUCGGGAAGGAGAAAGGGAUUUUAAUGUUAAAGUGAGAUCUAUUCUGUGCUGCAUGCGUCAUGAGCCAGGCUGGUCUGCAGACAUUGUGGAACUUUGUAAAAAAUAUAAAAAGGAUGGUGUCGUAGCUAUUGACUUGGCUGGAGAUGAAUCAAUAAAUGUUACAGCCAAUAUGGGGCACAGGAAAGCUUAUGAGGAAGCUGUGAAGCAUGGAAUACAUAGAACAGUUCAUGCUGGUGAGGUUGGCCCCGCUUCGGUUGUUAGAGAGGCUUAUGAAGUUCUGAAGGCUGAACGAAUAGGACAUGGCUAUCACACUCUGGAUGACAAGGAACUGUACAGAGAGCUGUUGGAUAAAAGAAUUCAUUUUGAGUUGUGCCCCUGGUCCAGCAUCAUCACAGGAGCGUGUUGCCCCGAGUCUGAGAAGCAUCCUGCAAUCAGGUUUAAGAAAGACAAUGCAAACAUCUCACUGAGUACAGAUGAUCCUUUCAUUUUAAAAUCUACCCUGGAAACAGACUACAGAUUAGCAAAGUGGUUCAUGGGAUUCACAGAAAAUGACUUUAAAACCGUGAACCUCAAUGCAGCUCGUUCCAGUUUUCUACCCAAUAAGGAAAAAGAAGAGCUUAUUAAAAAUUUGAAGGAAGAGUAUGAGAAAGAAUGAUGCGUUUCAUUUUCAGGAUACCAGAAUGCAACUCAGAUUAAAAAUCAAAAUGUGUCCAACGAAACUAGAAGUGCCUCACAAAUGAUGAAGGAACCCACCAGAGCAAAGCUGAGUUUAGGAGACAAAAACACAGGGGUCCCAAACUCAGCAACCGUUUAAUAAAAUGAACAGCAAGGUA